CCUGGAGGUUUCCGUCACAUCAGCCGUUCUCUUCCCAGACAAACUCGCUACAAGAACUCGGCGACAUGAGAAGGAUAAUUUGCUGGGGCCUGUGGUGGAUAAUCUUCCAACCCAUGCUUUCACUGAGAGGAGAAAAAAAUACACAUAAUAACCAUACACCACCAACAGUGAUCCAGACAGAGAAGUAUUCUAGAGGAGGACAUAAUGCGUCUGCUACAACCCACCCCAAGGGCACCAAGGUCAAUCCUUCAGAAGACUACAAUGACUGCAACGGAACAACCUGGUUAGACCACAUAAAUGCAGAACUGAAAGCGUUUUGUUCCCCACCUCCUUGUCAAGCUUCAAACAGGGUUUCUAAAAAUACUACCUCAUGUUUCAUGAGAAAUUACACCCAGGAUUUGAAGAUGCAACGUAAAAAUGAUGAAGAUGUGAAAACAUUUCAAUUCAUGGAGAAUGUUUUGGAGGAAACAGAGGUGACUAACGAGACACAUAUCCAUGAGGAAAAUAUUAUGGCUUUCCUACAUAAACCCGCCAGUCCUUUCAAAGGUCUUAACAUUUCUGCCAAUGACAAUGAGGUGACAUCAGGUGUGAUCAUGCCAAACAGAUCGGUGUUGGUUCAUCUGCCUCAAGAGUUGAAUCUUGGCGAGGAAAAUACAGUUGUGUUCUCCAUGAUUCAGCUUCCCAAAGAGGCUGCUUUGGAGCGCUCAGAUGAACUGUAUGAUCGUCGGCUGCUUGGCCUGAGCGUGCGUGGCAAGAACAUUUCAGGACUUCAGGAACGAGUCAACAUCACCAUAAAUUUUACAACAAGCAUAAAUGAAAACCUGAGGCCAGUGUGUGUGUUCUUAAAUACUACGACACAAAAUUUUAGCGUGGAUGGCUGCGUUACCCUGUGGGAUCGUAGUCAGAGUCAUGUCACCUGUUCCUGUGACCAUCUCACAUACUUUGGCGUGCUUUUGGUGUCUCAUACAUUUACGUCUAAUGGAAGUGUCUCAUACGGAAGCAUCUCCUCUAGAGACGCUGAGAUCUUGUCCUACAUCACCUACAUCGGCUGUGGCAUCUCUCUGUUUGCUCUAGUCAUCACGGUUUUAAUGUUCACGGUCAACAGGAAACUCAGAGCAGACGAUUCCAAGAAGAUCCACAUCAGCCUGGCAGUCGCUCUGAUCCUCCUCAACGUUCACUUCCUCCCCAGCCAGGCGGCGGCAGCGUCGUCCUCCACUGAGCUUUGUCUCUAUGUGGCUCUUCUUCUUCACUACUCCCUGCUGGCCUCUUUCACCUGGAUGGCCUUGGAGGGCUUCCACCUCUACCUCCUCCUGGUCAAAGUCUUCAACGUCUAUGUGAGGCGAUACCUGCUGAAACUCAGCGUGGUGGGAUGGGGUCUUCCAGCGGUCAUUGUGUCAGUGGUGGCGAUCAUAAACAAAGACAUAUAUGGUCGUACAUCUGUGGACCUGUCCAACCCAAACGGAACAGCAUUAUGCUACAUAACUGAAGACAAAGUGAAGAUGGGAACCACAGUUGGACUGUUCAGUUUGAUGUUCCUGUUCAAUCUGAUAAUGUUUGGAAUCACAGUGAAAUGGUUUGUGGGCUCCCACGAUAGCAAAGAGCGCAAGUGGAGCGGCCUCAAAAACACCAAGCGAGAAAUUGUCACCCUGCUGUUGCUUCUGGUCCUGCUGGGCCUCACCUGGGGCGUGAUCUUCUUCUCGUUUGGUGACCUGACCACUCCUGCGCUCUACGCCUUCUGCAUCCUGAACCCUCUGCAAGGUUUCUUCAUCUUCAUUUAUUUUGUGCUGUCUUUAAAGAAGACCAAAGACACAAGCUCUGAAACACAUACCACUCAAACCUGAAGUCAACCAACUGUCUGGAUGAUUUAUUUAUUAUUGUGAUAUGAUCAGUUGAAUAAUGUGUAUUUUACAAAGUUAAUUUAAAGUUACUUAUUUCUUCAUCCGUAGUGUAGCCUGCUUUUAUACCUUCUAUCCCCUUUUAAAGUUAUUUUGUAGAUUGAGACAGA